AUGGGCAAAGCCCACAAACUGUACAGUAACAUUCACAUAAGAAACACCGUGUACACUGAAAUUGGCAUUGGGGUCAUAGCCAAUGCCCUUCUUCUUCUCGUCCACGUCUCCUUGCACAUUACCAGGCACAGACCUAAGCCCACUGACCUGGCCAUUGGUCUCUUAGCACUAAUUCACCUAUCAAUGCUGCUCAUCAAGGGUUUCAUAGAUUCAGAUAUUUAUACAUCUCAGGGGGAAAGGUGGGGUCAUGUGAAAUGUAAAUUGCUCAUCUACCUGUACAGGUUAAUGAGGGGCUUCUCCCUCUGCACCACCUGCCUGCUGAGUGUCCUCCAAGCCAUCACCCUCAGCCCCAGGGGCUCCUGCUUGGCAAAGUUCAAACAUAAAUCCUCACAUCACAGCCUGUAUUUCCUUCUCUUCUUGUGGGUCAUCUACUCAUCCUUCAGUAGCCACCUCUUCAUCUCCAUUAAUGCUACCCCCAAUUUGACCUCAGACAACUUUAUGAAUGAUGGCCAUCGCAAAUGGAUACAUGUGGCUCUCUUGUGCAGGCAUAAUAGGCAGUCCUAUAAUCUUCAUAGCACCAGCCUGUCCCCAAUAUCAUCCCCAGAACUGAGGGCUACGUGGACAAUCCUGCUGCUCUUGAGUUGCUUUGUGGUCAUGUCCAUCUUGGACAGCAUUCUCUCCUAUGCAAGACUCACAGUGAAUGGUGAUCCAAUAUUUUACUGUAUCCAGAUCCUCGUGGCCCAUAGCUAUGCCUCAUUCAGCCCUUUGGUGUUCAUUGCUACUGAAAAACUUAUUAUUAGUAUUUUGAGAUAUAUGUGGGGUAAGACACUACAUAUUUCAAUAGCCAGUGAUGGAUAA